AUGCUGAGACAAAUGCAGCUGCGUUGGAGCGGCCACCUGGUGCGCAUGGACGACGAGCGACUACCCAUAAGACUCUUCUACGGAGACGUCGCGACGGGCUCUCGCUGCCAAGAAGGCCAAAUUCGUCAAUACAAGGAUACCCUGAAGUCCUCCCUGAAGCGUCUGCAAAUCAACCCGACCAACUGGGAAGAGCUCGCGCGCGAUCGUCUGACCUGGAGGAGAACAGUGAAGACGGGCGCUGCUAUUUACAAAUCCAGCCGCAUCGCCGCCGCCAAAGUGAAACGCGAAGCACGCAAAUCACAACUGCGUCCGGUACGCAACGCCGACGCCCAAUCGCUACCAACGCGUCCUCGAUGUCAACAGACAUUCCGGGCUCGACUCGGACUUGUUAGACAUCUUCGGAUAAACUGUACUUCCCGGACCGCACCGACCGCUGUCCCUCCGCCCGCCUAUUCCUUGUCCUCUCUGCCGCCAACUUCCUCCGACAGUUUUUCUGAACCACCACUUCCAUCCUUCUCCUCCUCCUCCUCCUCCUCCUCCUCCUCCUCCUCCUCCCGCUCCACUCUCCCAACAACCGACACCACCCCAACUGCCUCCGACUCCAGCGAUGAGGAUCACUGUCCUCACUGCGACCGCGCCUUCACCUCACGCAACGGCCUGGUCGGUCACUUGCGAAUCCAUCGCACAGAGACUGGCAAACCAGUGCCUGGAGCACCAACCUACACCCACCGCACCCGCCUCCACUGCCCACACUGCCCUCGCACCUUCACAAAUCGCAUGGGUCUAUUCGGCCACAUGCGAAUCCACGAGAGCGGAAUUGACGGCAAUUUCGACACACCCACCACAUCCAACACAUCCACCAUGCCCAGCCCCACCCUCGCUCCAUCGCCUUGCGCGCCCAUCACCACCACCGCCUCCUCUGUAGCUGACACCGACAUCGCCGACUUCUCAUGCCCACACUGUCGACGCACGUUCACCUCUCGCAUCGGCCUGGUCGGUCAUUUGCGAAUCCGUUGCUUAGAGACUGGCGAACCAAUGCCUGGAGCAUCAAUCUAUACCCACCAAGUUCGUCUCAACUGCCCACACUGCCCUCGAACCUUCAGGCAUCGCAUGGGCCUAUUCGGCCACAUGUGCAUCCACGACGACCUGCGGUAG